GAGUGUCCCGACUGUGCAGCUAGAAGCCGGCGUCAUGGAGGAGUACGCUCGGGAGCCUUGUCCAUGGCGAAUUGUGGAUGAUUGUGGUGGAGCUUUCACUAUGGGUGUCAUCGGCGGAGGAGUCUUCCAGGCUAUCAAAGGCUUCCGCAAUGCCCCUGUUGGAAUUCGACACCGGUUGAGAGGUAGUGCCAAUGCUGUGAGGAUCCGAGCACCCCAGAUUGGAGGUAGCUUCGCAGUGUGGGGAGGCCUUUUCUCUACUAUCGACUGUGGCCUGGUGCGACUGCGGGGCAAGGAAGAUCCCUGGAACUCCAUCACCAGUGGAGCAUUGACUGGGGCUGUGCUGGCUGCCCGCAGUGGCCCACUGGCCAUGGUGGGCUCAGCGAUGAUGGGGGGCAUCCUAUUGGCCCUCAUAGAGGGUGUCGGCAUCCUCCUCACUCGGUAUACAGCCCAGCAGUUCCGCAACGCGCCCCCGUUCCUGGAAGACCCCAGCCAGCUAGCCCCUAAGGAAGGUAGCCCAGCCCCAGGCUAUCCCAGCUAUCAGCAAUACCACUAAAGAAGCCACCACCGCCACCAUGGGAGCUGCUCCUCGGUUCCCUCCCCGAUGAUCUACCUCCAAGGGAGGGCUGGCUCCCACUUAGCCUUGGGACCUUCUAGAGAGGGCCUCUACUUGCUCCCUUGUCCCAGGGUGGGGGUGGGGCACCCCAGCUGCCCUGACAGAUGGGUCUCCGUUUUCUCUCAGGGCACCCCAGCCCCACACAUGUAACAAGCCCUCACCCCAGCUCCUUUGUGUGGCACCCUGAUGAGUAUUUAAAGUCAGUUUUGAAAU